AUGGGCUCUCGUCUAAAUACCAAUUCUGAGGCCAUGCGCAAGAGCAUUGAAAACCAUGACUUCCAGGACGAGACAGGCGAGGAGUAUGAAGCCUCCAGCUUCGGCGGGUUUGGGGAUUAUAUGCGACGCAAAAAGAUGAAGUUACAGAACCUAGACGCAGAAAUUCGAGCUUCUUCCGGGGACUGUCCCCCAAUAUUCCGUGGCAUCGUCGCGCAUGUUAAUGGCUAUACCCAGCCUUCUCUGCAAGAUCUCCAUCGUCUGAUUGUCAGUCAUGGGGGUGGGUUCCUGCAGUACUUAGACAACAAGACUGCUGCAACCCAUAUCAUCGCGAGCUCCUUGACGCCAAAGAAAUGCGAAGAGUUCCGACGGUACCGCAUUGUGAAACCGGCUUGGGUCACAGAGAGUAUCAAAGCAGGCCGUCUGUUACCUUGGAAUGAUUUCCGCGUCGUAGACGAGGGCCAGUCUCAGAAAGUCUUGAAGUUUGGCGGAGGUCGGAUGAGCAGUCAAGCCAGUACACCACGGUCAGGUUACAAAGAGCAGUCCAGCACAAGCUGGUAUAAUUCCCAGCUUCAGGCUACGGGCACGACUGCGGCUGGUGGCGGUCAAAGUGAAAGAGAUCCAAUAACUCCUUCGAAGGCAACCCCGUCAACUCCUACUUUACCACUUGGAUCUCCUGGAUCAAAUAAACGUGGUGUUCCCAGCUCUCUCGUUGUCAACAGCGAAGGUCAUCCCGGGCCAUCUGCGGACCCCGAGAGCAGCCAAUCGCAGCCGACCAAAACCCCGUCUAGAAAAAGAACCACUCCAAGCGAUUAUACAGAUGAACUGGAAAGUCCUCGCAAAGAUGAUUCAUCUCGCAUUCAAGUCGAUCCGAUCCUCAGCAACAGUGCGCUCAAGCCUUUGAACCUAUCAGGGUCUCAAUUCAUCAUGCCUCCCCAGCCCGAACCAAAAGCCUCACCUGCCCCUGUUGGGGAUAUCAGAUCAAAGUUUGCAGCACAUGCAAAGCCUCGAGACGAUCACCGGCCAGGGUCACCUUGCCCACCUCCACGUAAAACCGAAGAACACCCCCAAGACGCGGGCAAGCCUGCCGACACACGUCAACCUAAUCAGACUGAGUUAGAUCCUGAAACUUUGGCGGCACUACCGGAGGAUAUUCGCAACGAAGUACUGGCCCAUUACGGUCAACAAACCAGCGUGUCUACUCCAGCGCCAUCGGUCACUCCAACGCCUUCGACGCGACCCACCCCUUCCAAGUCUGUUGGGGUAAAAAGAUCUGGCUCGCCAUUGAGUAAACCAAGCCGCUCUUCUAAGCCAGGAACAGGCCCUGCCAGGACCUUGAUGCAGAUGGGGUUCGUUUCGCAGUCUGCCCCUGCCUCGGACCCUAUACCUGACUCAACGCCCAAAAUGCCAUCCCCCACCGCAGUGUCACAGCGGCGGCCUUCGGUUUCGACCCCUGAAAGACCACAAAAAUCUGAGGAUCGAAAAGAAUCCGAGCAACAAAAGGAACCGACCCAGCAGGAUAAAUCGGAGAAAUUAACCGAAACAAAAAGCCAGUCUGAUCUCUCGGAUCGACCUGUCUUCACAUCCCAGGGCUUGUCAAAUCUGGAUGAUCUUCGAGACGCUAUCAGCGCCUGGCAUUCCACCUUUACAGCUGAGGGUCCUUAUAAUGAUGAUGUCGAAGCGCUCUGUACAUAUUUACGCCGGGUGAUCUCAGAGGAGAAUGAUGUCGAUAAAGCUGUGUCCGUGGUUCGGUGGCUCAUGUGGCUUGUUGAUAAAGACUCGCGAGACGAAGGUCCACCAGAGUCCCGUCCUGAGGAUGUUGUGACAUGGUCUGAGUCUAUAAAAACCAUGCAGGAGAGCAUUCAGUCUGCUUUGGAAGCAAGAAGACUGCCAGCCGUGAAAUUCGAAUAG